AUGGCCGGCCGUAGCAAGAAGAAAGGCACCUCGGGUGCGGCCAAAAACUACAUCACCCGCACGCGCGCCGUCAAGAAGCUUCAGAUCUCUCUGCCAGACUUCCGCCGCCUAUGCAUCUUCAAGGGCAUCUACCCCCGCGAGCCUCGCAACAAGAAGAAGGUCGCCCGCGGCUCCACGGCCGCCACCACCUUUUACUACACAAAGGACAUCCAGUACCUGCUCCAUGAGCCGCUGCUGGCCAAGUUCCGCGAGCACAAGGCCGUCGCAAAGAAGAUUGGCCGCGCCCUCGGCCGCGGCGAGGCGGGCGAUGCCUCGCGCCUGGAGAAGAACCUCAUGCCCAAGGUCAAGCUCGAUCACAUCAUCAAGGAGCGCUACCCAACCUUUGUCGACGCCCUGCGCGAUCUCGACGACGCCCUCUCCAUGCUGUUUCUCUUCGCCAACCUGCCCUCGAGCGAGCACAUUCCCGCAAAGACGAUUGCCCUCUGCCAGCGCCUGACGCGCGAGUUCGAGCACUAUGUCAUCACGUCGCACUCCCUGCGCAAGUCGUUCCUCUCCAUCAAGGGCAUCUACUACCAGGCCACCAUCCAAGGCCAAGACAUUCUCUGGCUGGUGCCAUACCGCUUCGUCCAGCGAACCGGCGGCGAUAUUGACUUCAGGAUCAUGGGCACAUUUGUCGAGUUCUACACCACUCUUCUCGGCUUUGUCAACUACCGCCUGUACACGUCCAUUGGCCUCGUGUACCCACCCAAGUUCAAUGCCAAGAGCGACGAGCAGGGUGGUGAGCUCUCUGCCUUCCAACUCCAAGCCAAGGCCAAUGCCACAACCAGCUCCGCAAAUGGACACGCUGAGAAUGCCAAGAUCAACCCAGAGGCACAGGCCAUCGCCGACCAGAUUGCUGCAAUGCCAGAUGACGAGGAUGCGCAGGACACAACCGCUGUAGCCAAGCGCAGCGAAGACGAAGAAGACGACGGCGACUACGAGGCCAACGAAGAGAUUGACAAGUUCGAGCCGACUGCACCCGACGCCGAUGUCCUGCCCCAGCCGCAAGCAAGCAGCGCCGAGGUCGCCUCUCUUUUCGCUCCAUUUACGUUUUAUCUCUCGCGAGAGACACCCAGAGGACCGCUCGAGUUCAUACUCAAGGCUUUUGGCUGCAAGCGCGUUGGUUGGGACGGCACACUAGGCGACGGCGCCUUUACCACCAACGAGUCGGACCCCAACAUCACACAUCAGAUUGUCGACCGUCCAGCCUUGUCAAACGGAGCACCUGCCCCGGAGGUUGCUGAAACUCAGAAUGGCGGGGCUGCUGCUCCCAAAGCCCAGUGGCCAUAUUCAAUGAUGCCCGGCCGCACCUAUGUCCAGCCGCAAUGGGUGUGGGACUGCAUCAACCAGAGCAAGCUGCUGCGUCCUGACCAUUACUCCCCGGGUGCCGAUCUGCCCCCACAUCUGAGCCCAUGGGUGAAGCCCAAGAAGGGCGAGUACGACCCCAACCUGCCUCUUACGGCGCAACAGCCCGAGGGUGAGGCUGAGGCGUUUGAAGACGAAGGCGAUGAGGAGGCGACGUUUGAUGUAGACGGCGACGAGGAUAUGGAGGCCAUUGUCGACCGAGAGGGUUCGGUUGAAGUUGGCGAGGGCAUGGAUGUGGCCGAUUCCGAGGAUGACAGUGACGACGAUGAGUCAGAGGAGGACGGUGACGCGGGCGAUGACUUUGACGGCUUCGACUCUGAUGCCGAGUCGGACAUUUCCGAGGGCGAGGCUGCUCGUCUCCAGCACCAGCGCGAGUUGGAGGCUGAGGCCACGGGCAAGAAGCUCGAGGUCAAGAAGCCGACCAAGAAGGAGCAGAAUGCAGCCAUCCGCAAGAAGGCGGACAAGAAGAGGCGCGAGCAAGAGGAGGAGCGCGAGAGGCAAAAGAUGAUGCUGUCGAACAAGAAGCGCAAGCUGCUGAAGCGCAUCGAAUACGGCGAGAACAAGCGCGACACGGAGGCUGAGAACCUGCGCCGAAAGCGCGCGAGGGUUGAAAAGGCAAAGGCGGCUGCCGAGGCCCUCUAGACACAUACAUGUGUACAUGACACAGCAAAAGCAGGCGGAUUGGCGUUGACUGGGACGGUGUUGCAGGCGCUUCACGAAUGUCAAGACGGUAUAUGUAGUCGAUUGAAUAUUUCUAAUGUCGACUGUCGUUUACGAUGCAUGGCCAUGACGAGCUUUGGUGAGACCAUUCUUGGGUUGGCGCACGGACCAUGCGCAGUCG